CCGGCCAUCUUUCCUCCGUCUGCAGCGGCUGGACACUUCGUGCCUCACUGAGCCCGACGAGCACUUCUCGGUUCGAGCCUCCAAGUUUGGGCAAGUUUUAUUUGGUCUCAGGAGCCUCCGAAGCGACGACGGAAGGGACGCGGGCCAUGCGUGCGUGUAGCCCCGCAAAGUUUCUCCGCUGACAUCCCUGUCCGGGUAGAUGCUCGUCUGAACUGUCGUCCAAAUGGAGAUGGUGCCCAGCGAGGGGAACCAGUUCGUGUCCACAGAGAUCCAAAAUGCAGCUGAGGAGCCCAGAGUAUUGUGUAUCAUCCAGGACACCACCUGUGCAAAGAGAGUCAAUGAGAGGCUGACCCUAAACCUGCCGGCUUCCACCACCCUCUCCGCACUUUAUAAAGAUGUUGCCCAAAAAGCCGGAUACGUCAGUGGCACAUUAGGCCUUGUCUGGGGAAAUGCAUCGGCCAUGGAACCUCUAGACCACAACAGUGAGAUGCCCCUCUCAGAUUCUGGGUUUGAGCCUGAUGGUAAGAGGAAUUUCCUCCAGCUUACAGACAAAGAUGGAGAGCAGCCCCAGAUUGCAUCGGAUGAGUCAGGAACAGCAGACAGCAGUGGACUGGAUGAUAGCUCACAGGAGCGGUUUAUUGGGCCCCUACCAAGAGAUGCCACUGCAGGCUGCAGUGGUGACUGCAGCAGUCCGUCUUACUCCUACUCAUCCAUCCUCAGCAAAUCUGAGACGGGUUACGUGGGCUUGGUUAACCAAGCAAUGACCUGCUAUUUGAACAGUCUUCUACAAACACUCUUCAUGACCCCUGAGUUCAGAAAUGCACUCUACAACUGGGAGUUUGAGGAGUUGGAGGAGGAUCCAGUCACCAGUAUCCCCUUCCAGCUGCAAAGGCUUUUUGUCCUGCUGCAGACGAGUAAGAAACGGGCGAUUGAGACCACUGACGUGACCCGGAGCUUUGGUUGGGACAGCAGCGAGGCUUGGCAGCAACAUGACAUCCAGGAGCUGUGCAGGGUCAUGUUUGAUGCCCUGGAACAAAAGUGGAAGCAGACAGAGCAGGCUGACCUGAUCAACCAGCUCUACCAGGGGAAGCUAAAGGAUUAUGUCCGUUGUCUGGAGUGUGGCUAUGAGAGCGUGAGGAUUGAUACUUACCUGGACAUCCCUCUUGUGAUCAGACCCUUCGGAGGCAGCCAGGCCUAUGGCAGUGUGGAGGAGGCUUUGCAAGCAUUCGUCCAACCAGAAACUCUGGAUGGGCCCAACCAGUACUUCUGUGAACGCUGCAAAAAGAAAUGUGAUGCCCGAAAGGGUCUACGAUUUCUGCACUUUCCCUACCUGCUGACGCUGCAGCUGAAACGGUUUGAUUUUGACUACACCACUAUGCAUCGCAUCAAGCUCAAUGACCGCAUGACUUUCCCAGAGGAGCUUGACAUGAGUCCAUUCAUUGAUAUGGAAGACGAGAAGUCGCCUCAGACGGAGAGCUGCACUGACAGUGGAGCGGAGAAUGAAGGCAGUUGCCACAGCGACCAGAUGAGCAAUGAUUUUUCCACUGAUGAUUGUGUAGAUGAGGGCAUCUGCUUGGACAGCACUGGUAGCACAGAGAGGGUGCUGAAGCCAAAGUCUUCUUCUCAGAGUAUGCCGACCUUUGAGCUGUUCUCCGUCAUGGUCCAUUCGGGGAGUGCUGCUGGUGGCCAUUACUAUGCCUGCAUCAAAUCCUUCAGUGAUGGCCAGUGGUACAGUUACAACGAUCAGCACGUUAGCAAGAUCACCCAGGAUGAUAUCAGAAAGACACAUGGGGGCUCCUCAGGGAACAGAGGCUAUUAUUCUAGUGCCUUUGCAAGCUCUACAAAUGCAUAUAUGCUGAUUUAUAGAUUGAAAGAUCCCUCAAGGAAUGCAAAGUAUUUAACUGUGGAAGACUUCCCAGAGCACAUCAAGAGUUUGGUUAAGAAGGAGAAAGAGUCUGAAGAGCAGGAAAAGAGGCAAAGGGAGAUUGAGCGCAAUACCUGCAAGAUCAAGCUGUUCUGUAUGCAUCCUGUUAAGCUGAUGAUGGAGAGCAAGCUGGAAGUUCACAAGGACAAAACGCUCAGAGAAGCAACAGAGAUGGCCUACAAGAUGAUGGAGCUGGACGGGGUCGCCGCUCUUGACUGUUGUCGCUUGGUCAAGUAUGACGAGUUCCACGAGUACCUGGAGCGCUCUUAUGAGGGUGAGGAGGACACACUGAUGGGUGUCCUGUUGGGCGGUGUCAAGUCCUCGUACAUGUUCGACUUGCUGCUGGAGACCCGCCGGCCUGAACAAGUGUUCCAGCCUUACAAACCUGGAGAGGUGAUGGUGAAGGUCCAUGUUGUGGAUCUGAAGAGUGAGACCAUUGCCUCGCCAAUCAGCGUUCGGGCGUACUUGAACCAGUCAAUCACUGAAUUCAAACAGCUUAUUGCACAGGCGGCAGGGCUAUCAGCAGAAGCCAUGCGUGUGGUCCUUGAGCGCUGCUACAACGACCUCCGGCUCCUCUAUGUUCCAAACAAGACCUUGAAAGCUGAGGGAUUCUUCAGGAGUAACAAGGUUUUUGUAGAGAGCUCAGAGUCGACAGAUCAUCAGGUUGCUUUCACUGACUCAGUCUUGUGGAAACUGUUGGAUCGCCAUGGGAACACGAUCCGACUCUUGGUCUUGCUGCCUGAGCAGUCACCUGGUACCUUGGCCAACAGAACUCUUUGCCAAAAAGUGGGAGAUAACCCUGAAGUGCCCUUGGAUGGGUCCAAUGGUAACAGGAAGUCUGUCGAGUCCAUACUGGAGGAGAGCACUGAAAAGUUAAAGAGUCUGUCUCUGCAGAGGCAGCAGCAGCAGCAGGGCUCCAGCAACAGCGACAGCCAGAAAAGCUCUGACACCAGCGACUUUGAACAUAUCGAGUCUCCAACCCAAGAGGCUGACUCAAACUCCUCGCUGUACAUUGCCGCAGACAACAAAGAGCUGGAGAACCGGAGUAGGGCCACAGCUGGCAGCAGCGGGGGUGCCUCCUCUGACCCCUGUGAGGAACGCUCAGAUUCUGAGGUGAACAAUGACCGCAGCACCAGCUCGGUGGACAGCGACAUCCUCAGCUCCAGCCACAGUAGUGACACACUUUGUAAUGCAGACAGCGGGCCCUUACAGUUGGCCAAUGGCCUGGACUCGCACAGCAUCACGAGUAGUCGACGCUCCAAAGCUCACGAGGGCAAAAAAGAGACGUGGGACACUGCUGAAGAAGACUCUGGGACCGACAGCGAGUACGACGACAACGGGAAGAGCAAGGCGGGGGCUCAGUACAUGUACUUCAGAGUAGAACCUUGUUCUCAGGAUGACCCCUCGUUGGAUGCACAAAAAUGUUUAGUAGUUCACGUGGACAAGAGAAUAACAUUAGCAGCGUUUAAACAGAAUCUGGAGCCCUACGUUGGCGUGACAACGACACAGUUCAAGGUGUUCCGGGUGUACGCCAACAACCAGGAGUUUGAGAGUGUGCGGCUAAACGAAACGCUGUCAUCGUUCUCUGAUGAUAAUAAGAUAACCAUUCGACUGGGUAGAGCAUUGAAAAAGGGUGAAUACAGAGUUAAAGUGUAUCAACUACUAGUAAAUGAAGCAGAGCCCUGCAAGUUCCUUGUGGACACGGUGUUUGCUAAGGGCAUGACCGUCAGACAGUCCAAGGAGGAGCUGCUCCCUCAGUUGAAAGAGCACUGCAAGCUUGACCUCAGCAUUGACAGUGUUCGUCUCAGGAAAAAGACGUGGAAGAAUCCAGGAACAGUGUUUCUCGAUUACCACGUCUACGAGGAGGACAUCAGCAUCUCCUCUAACUGGGAAGUUUUCAUGGAAGUCCUUAAUGAACCAGAGAAGAUGAAGUCCAUGUCGCAGCUCGCUGUUUUGACCAGGAGAUGGAGUCCGGCCACGAUGAAGCUGGGACCUUUUCAGGAAGUGAUUCUUGAGAGCAGCAGCGUAGAAGAACUGAAGGAGAAGCUCAGUGAAAUGUGUGCGAUUCCUCUUGAAAACCUGGAUUUUGCAAAGGGCAGGGGAACGUUUCCUUGUGAUAUUUCUGUGUUGGAGAUUCAUCAGGAUUUGGACUGGAACCCUAAGGUGUCGACUCUUAAUGUGUGGCCUCUGUACAUAUGUGAUGACGGAGCUGUGGUCUUCUACAGGGAUAGCACGGAGGAGCCGAUGGAGCUCUCAGAGGACGAGCGCAACGAGUUGAUGAAGAAGGAGAGCAGCCGUCUGCUGAAGACCGGUCACCGUGUCAGCUACUCGCCACGCAAGGAGAAAGCCCUCAAGAUCUACCUAGAUGGAGGCCCUGCCAAAGACUCGGGGCAGGACUGAGGUGCAGAGAACCGCUCCUCCGGUUACUCUCUUACAUCUGGCUGCUGUGGCAUAGCAAGCAGGCUCUGGGUGUCAGUCCUAGUGCCUGGCCUGGUAGUGACUUGAACAUCAAGCAGCGCUGUGAGACGUGCUCUCAGCCUCCACCCAGAGCCCCCGGACUGGCUCAGAUACCUUGUUGUGCACUAUAGUGUAUUGUACUGUAAAGUUUAAAGGGAAGUACAAAAGCUAUUCCACACAGAGAAGAAUCAAAUAAUGUACAAAAAAAUCAGUUGCCGGUGCAGGGAUGGGUGCGGAGAUGUUAGGACUGUGACCGUGGGCAGGAAGUCACGCAUCCUGUCUAUUUGAGUGCCCUGUUUUCAUCUUCAUCAGUCUCCUUCACUCUCAAUCGUCACUCCACGUCCCUCUUCCUGUUUCAGACAUAAUGUUGAUACUGAUUCGUCUGUGACCAUCUUCUAAGUCAAACUGCUCACACCUUUUGCUCCAGCAGAGAAAUAAUUUGUAUCCUCCUUUAACCUUCCUGAAAAGGACUUACAUCCAUGAACUCCUUAUCAAGCCUCCCCCAGUCUUACUUCCUCUGGUCGAGGCAAACCUCUACCUCUCAGUGACUCUACCACCAGCUGAGGUGUCAUAUAUCCACAAGAUUUGAUGAAUAGAAAAAAGCAACAAUUAAUAAUUUUGUAAACUGGAGGUUGUUUCUACCCCUCUGACUCUCCUAAGAUGCAGGGGUCAUGUGUCGUUCCUUUGGUUCUUACUGCUCUUUGUGCAUUGUAGGAACUUUGCCACUGUUGCAUCACUUCCACUAGAUUUAGUGAGACAUUGGCUUAUUGAUCCUUAACCACAAAGUACAAUGAAUCAUGUCAACCAUGUUAAGGUAAUACUUGUUUUGUUUUUGUUUGUUGUAAAUUAUUAUUUUUGCUCCAGACGUGAUUAUUCAAUUAGGUCUCAUGAUCAUAUGUUGUCUGUAUUAACCUUUGAUUUAGAAAGUGGAUUUCAUUGUUUGGUUUUAUUUGCACCAUAUGAACUGGGUGUAUGUCUCUGGUGACAUCUACGU